AUGUCUGCAGCUAUGGAUCGUGCUAUGAUGGCAAUGUCCAUCAAAGAAGAAGAUUUGCCGGUGGAGAUUCCAAAUCGUCCGGAGUACUGUUCGAAGGAGAAUAAUGCAUUGAGUAUGAUUGAUCGGGUUUUGAACCCAAAGUGUCAAAACGUUGCUCAUCUGAUAGUCGACCUUCCUCGCAAAUGGGGGAAAGCUGGGAGGAUCAGAGGAGUCGUGCUGUCGAAUGAAAGUUUUCAAUUCUUCUUCAAGACUGAACAUGACCUUGAAGAAAUCAUGGACAAAGGAGUUCAAUCGUUCAACGAAUGGGCUGUAGUUAUGGAGAGAUGGGUGGAGAAGGAACCACCGGAGUUCUUACAGUUUGUCCCUCUCUGGGUACAGAUUAGGGAGCUUCCCCUAAAUCAUUAUAGGUCUCAGACGAUUUGGGACAUAGGGGAUGUUCUAGGUGUGGUCAAAGAGAUUGCUUUUGACGAGACAAAGAAUCAGAGCCAUCCGUAUGUGAGAGUCAAGGUGAUUUUCAACGUAGCUAGACCUUUGCGCAAAGCGAAGAUGGUGAACCUUCCUGAUGGAGAACAGAAGGUUGUUCAUUUUUUCUAUGAGCAGAUCAAGAAAAGGUGUUACAACUGCAAGAGGCUUAACCACGAGAAGGAUAUAUGCCCUCUGCUGGUGAAAGAGAGUCAAGAAAUGGCUGCAAUCCGAAGAGCUAAAAGCAUGGCGGCCAAAAGGGAGGCAAACCUGGUCCUGAGACCAUCAGACCCUCUGUACGGAGUUCUAAAGGAGGAGCAGGUUGGGGUUAACCCACUCACGGGAAGACCCAAGAUAGAUCCAGCGGUUUUGGAAGAUAUGAGACAGUACCUAGUUGCAAACACUGGAGAUGAGUUGUUAGUCAAACACGAAAGAUUGAGGUCUUCAAUUGCGGAGGUGGAAGCUGAUCCAAUUGCUCAGAAAAUCAUCCUGAGGAUGGAAGCUAGGCCAUUGGUUUCUCAGAAUUUGGAUAAAGAGAAAGGAAAGCUCUUUGAUUUUGAAACGGGAGCUCAGGCUAAGGAGUGUAGAGGCGAAGAUAAGCUGAUCAGAGCGGCUAUUAAUCAAGGUCAAUCUGAUAUGGUGGAGUAUGGUAGUGAUGAUCUGCGAGCAAAAUUGGAGUCGCUGAAAUCAAGAAGAGCUUUUACUAGAUCAACCGCUAGCUUUACGGCAUAUGGUUCUGGUCUCGAUGAGGCUGGUCCAUCCAGAGUUACGGUUGGUAAGAAAAAGCUUGGAAGAGACAUGUCAAAAGAUUCAGGAUGA